AUGGAGGUGAAGUACGAAUGCCGAAAUGGACUUCCAGACAUGAUAGGAAACACAGACACGCCCAUGUGUCACUGCGUACCAACGAAAGAAUGCCAUGAAACAACUUCGUUGAGGAAAAAUAGCGCGUCUACUUGGGUGGCUACGCGUCACACCAGAAACCAUCAUCUGGAUUGUCAACGGUGUCGCCUCCUUCCUCCCGCUCAUCAAUUCCCACUUUGGCGUGACCCAUCAAGCACAGGCGUCACUGCCUUCAUCGGCGCGACUAUUGAAUUUGGGAUCGAGGUGUGGAACAGCGACGACAUGCCUCCUUUGAUCGGGACGUUCACCAUAGUCAUGGAGGUCAAGAGAGAGGAUGUGGGGGAGGAGAAGCGUUGGAUACGGUUCACGUUCGGUAGGAAGUAUCGGCGCAAGUUUGUGCGGCAUUUUUCCAGCUUUGUGGUGCAACUAUCUUUUGGAUUAGCGGCUUUACCGCCCUGCCCUCCAUUUCUAAUCCAGGAAUGGCGUAAGAGGCGGCGUGUUCUGGACACCACAAGUCGUCGGAGGCUCGGGCAUGAGUUAUACCGUUCCUUUCAAGUCUACCCCACCGACCCUCAUCUCGCCAGGACGUUUAUCAUGCUCGAAUCUCAACACAAAUGGUACAAACCAGAAUCUCGCUCCUUAGGCUGGAACGUUGGAAAAAUCCUACCUCAACCCGUCACCAACUCAUGGAUUCUCUUCCCCCCCAUACUACUUGUUUUCUCGUCGCACGUCAGGAACUUUAUCGGCGGCAUAGAAUUCACUCUAUGUGGCGCAUUGGCGUGA